UGUUGACAUUUUUGCAUGAUUUAUUCCAUCAAUGCAACAUUUAAAUUGCUCAAUCUAAAAUUUAAUUAUGAGUGUUUAUGUUUGAGUGUCUUUGAUCCUACUGAAAACAAACCAACAAAAAACGCAGGGGGCGUGUCUGCUGUCAGGGGUCACGUGAUCCGGAAAAUGUGGGGCUUGAUUCCCGUGUUUGACUGCUCUCAGCUGCUUCGUCUUUGCCCUUCGCAGUGCGAGCCGCUUCUCUGCCCCAUCCCGAACCUCGACCCUCGGGUGGAACCGCUUCAGACCACCAUGUCGGACCAAGCUUUUGUGACACUGGCCACCAACGACAGCUAUGCCAAAGGAGCCCUGGUUCUCGGUCAGUCGUUAAGAAACCACAAUACGACCAAGAAACUGGUGGUACUGGUUGGGCCUCAUCUUGCAGAGCCUUGCAGGAAAGCACUCGCCUCUAUUUUUGAUGAGGUGUUUGAGGUGAAUGUGAUGGACUCUGGCGAUGCAGCUCAUCUGGCUCUGAUGAAGCGACCAGACCUGGGAGUAACUUUCACCAAACUGCACUGCUGGACACUCACACAGUACAGCAAGUGUGUGUUCAUGGAUGCAGACACAAUGGUGCUGUCUAACAUAGAUGAACUCUUUGAGAGGGAGGAGCUAUCUGCAGCUCCAGAUCCCGGUUGGCCGGACUGCUUUAACUCUGGGGUUUUUGUCUUCAUACCGUCCAAUGAGACGUACGAACAGCUAGUCACGUUCUGCAUGGAUAACGGCAGCUUUGAUGGUGGAGAUCAGGGGGUUCUCAACAGCUUCUUUAACACCUGGGCUACAGCGGAUAUUUCCAAACACCUGCCUUUUAUCUACAACCUUAGCAGUAUUGCCAUCUAUUCCUACCUUCCAGCUUUUAAAGAGUAUGGCCAAAAUGCUAAAGUGGUCCACUUCCUGGGCAAAGUAAAACCUUGGAACUACGCCUAUGAUGCUCAGAGGGGUGAGGUCAGAGGUCAUUCCAUGCCGCCUGAGCAGUGCCAGCUGCACCCUGACUACCUGCUCAAGUGGUGGCAGGUUUUUGCCAGAUCUGUGAUGCCUGUCCUGCAGAAGGCUUACGGUGAUGACCCCUUCAACAGCGGCUUUGUCGACCCGAGUAGUCAGAAUAAAUUUCACGAGGACGUGAGAGAACAGUUGCAGCCCUUCGCUGCUCCUCCCUCCCAGAGGAUUUCGUCCGAGGAGAGGAAACAGCGCUGGGAAGCAGGCCAGAUUGACUACAUGGGUGACGAUUCCUUCGCCAACAUCGAACAAAAACUGAACUCCUUCCUCAAGUAGCGGGAUGGUGGGAGUGACGCGGACACCAGUUGGUGUGUGAGGUUGUGGGGAGGAUUUACUAUCACUGUUAAACACAAGCACUUCAUUAGCGGGUGACUGGAGGUUUUAUUCUCCACCUUCUGUCUGCGUGGAAAAUGUAGAAGUUUCACAAAAUUCCAGCACAAUCCAUUAUUUCCCCUCUUUAAGGAAAAGGCUGACAUGUCCUUGUUCAGACGGUUGGAUCUUAAAACGUUUCAUCCCACUAGCAGCUAGUUAACAUGGAGACAGUUUAAUCUCAGCACUUUAAAAAUGAACAAUAUAAGGUCAAAUAAAUGUUAAAAAGUAGAAUUUCCAGACUAUGAUUAAUGUGUAACGUGCUGAGUUUGUAACUGGAGGGGAAAAUGGCUACAAAAUCAAACCGGCACAAUUUAAAACCAUUUCCUACAAAUUCUGAUGCUUUGCAACAAAUAGUCAAGACAUUUAACAUCUGAGUAAAACAAAUGUAAUUCAUCUGUUAUGAAAAUUACGUUUUAGGUGCUUGUCUUUGGUUAUGUUUUUUUUAUUUUUUAGACACCCCCUUUAAAAAGUUAAAAUGCUAAUGAUCUACCUAGCAAGGACGUUAUUUUCACUUAAGAAGUGGGA